AUGUCCUCCUCCUCCUCCUCUACCUCCACACGAUGGGCAAUGCAACGAGCAGACCGUAUCCACGCCGAACUCAACGCGGGUGUUGACGUAUGGACGCUUUUCAAUCCCGUCGUUUUCCCUACCGCCAUCAACCUCGGUCAAGGAUUCAUGAACUGGCAACCUCCAUCUUACAUCCUCGACACGCUUACAAAAGAGUUCCAGUCUCGUGUUGACUUGCAUCACUACUCUCAUCCCAAGGGACGACCUCGCUUGCGACAGGCUAUUGCAGACUUCUACUCGAAAGAGUUCAACUUGCCUUCUAGGCCGAGCGAAGAAGCCGCUGCUGCUGGAAAAGGUGGAGACACAAAGCAAAGACAAGCAAGUGGAAGGAAGUUGGAUGUGGAAACCGAGAUUCAGAUCACUUCAGGUGCCAACGGCGGAAUCUACUCGGUCAUGGGAGCAUUCAUCAACGAUGGCGAUGGAGUCGUUUGCAUCGAGCCUUUCUUCGACCAGUACAAUGCCGAGAUUCUUUUCCAUGGUGGUGUACCUCUCUACGUCCCCCUCCUUCCCCCUUCCAACACCUCCUCUUCCAAAAUCGACGCCUCCAAUUGGACUCUAGACAUGGACGAUCUCGAAUCAGUCCUCUCCCAACCCUCCACAAAAGCCCUCAUCCUCAAUACACCCCACAACCCGGUCGGUAAAGUCUUCUCCCCGUCCGAACUCGCCGCGAUCUCCGCCCUCUGCGUGAAAUACGACAUUCUCGUAGUCGCCGAUGAAGUGUACGACUGUCUAACAUUCGACGGAUACAACCACACCCGAAUUGCAAGCUUCGAAGGAAUGUGGGAUCGAACCAUCACCGUCGGGUCUGCUGGAAAAUCCUUCGCUUGCACCGGCUGGAGAGUAGGUUGGCUUAUCGGGCCUAAUCAUCUCAUUGGUCCCGCUCGUGCAGUACAUACUAGGAUCAAUUUCGCAGUCAACUCUUUGGCGCAGGAAGGUGCAGCGAUUGGUCUCGAAGACGCAGCAAAACACUCGUUCUUCCCCACCCAGAUCAAAGAAUACGCACAGCGAAGGGAGCUGCUGAGCAACGCACUGGACGAGAUCGAGUUGAGUUAUACGAUUCCCCAUGGAGGAUACUUUAUCAUUGCCAAUGCAUCCAAAAUCGCAAUCCCUCAGGGAUGGGUCGAGGAAAAUGAGGUGCCCGAGGGAAUCCUGAAGAAGGAAGAGGAUUACUUGAAAGCCUGGUUCAUCGCAAAGGUGUGCGAUGUUGUUGUUAUCCCAGCGACAGCGUUCUAUGCAGAGAAGGGUGGCAGUGAGAUCGGAAAAAACUACGUGAGGUUUAGUUUCUGUAAGGAUCAACAGAUUGAACAGGCUGCUCCAAGGUUGAAGAAGUUGAUGCCUUAUCUGACAAAGUAG